CAUACGCGUUCCUAAAUCUCCAUCCUACUUCCACACACUUCUUGGAAAAAGUCCUGCAAUGUGCAUUCAGCAGAAAAUAGGGGGAAGAGGCGUUUCAACUGAAGAUAACCGAAGAUACCACUGCCUUACGGCUUUUUUGCCCCCGGAAGGUUGUAAGAGAGAAGACCCCCGUCUCCUAAAAAAAGUUUAUCUUCAUUCAUUCCCUUUGCUGGCGGGGGCCAUCGCUGGGUUUCACCCACGACCGGGUGACAGCCCAGCACCCUUUGGUGAGCCUGGUAAUACCUCGACCUGCCUUCGCUGCGCUGCUGCCCGGCCCCGGCCCCGGCCCCGGCCCAGCACCGGACCCCGCUCCGGCUCCGGGGAGCGGUUCUUUCCGGCGAAACUGGGAAGCGGCCCCGCGGCGCCCGCCCGGGCCCCCGCACCCCGGCGCAGGAAGGGGCGGCCCGGCGCGGAGGUCCCGCCGAGCGCGGAGAUCCCGCCGAGCGGCCCGGCCGCCGCCGCCAGCCAGUGAUGAAUUAGGUUCAGAAGAUUUAUAAGUCCAAGUGGCAACACUCUGGAGUUUGGAAGACUACCCCUGCAUCUGCUUUCUACGUGGCAAGACUUGCACAUGAUUUAUGGGAUGAUGGCAUACUUGUAAAGAACUGGGGAGAACAAUAAGAGAGAGAGAGCAGCUACACAGUCUGAUGUCAUUCUGGAAUAUUGCUGGAAAUGCAGUAACCUCCUGCCUCCAGCCGCUUUAGAUCACAGGAAGUUUCUGACUAUAAAUCUGAGGGCAGUGUCUUACAACAGCGUAAAAUUAGCCAUCAAGAUGGCCAAUCUAUCAACAUUGUGCUGUUCUCACUGAAGGCAAGGGAAGUUUCUACUAGCUGUUUCUACAAGGUCCAGUCUUGCAAAGUUUAUACUCUUUGUGGAGAAAAAAACUCACGCUGUCCUGUGAAGAAGUGAGAAAUAACUCAAGAAAAUGACUCUGAUGAUUUUUUUUUUAAUGUUUAUCAUUCAGUCCUCCACUGAGAAGCUGUGUCCCCUUCGUGCCUCCAUUGACGUGCUAGAAGGGGAAUAUUUUUUCCUUUGUUAUCCUGAGUCAAUACAAGAACUCUUUCAGGAAGAAGCAUACACAGUAAACUGGUACAAACAAAAUGCUGGAAAGCAGCAACUGAUAAAGAAAACACACAGAAAUGUUUCUCAAAGGGAUUUUCUGGAGUUUUGGCCAGCUGAACUCAGUGACUCUGGGAAUUACUCUGUCACUCACAGCAAUGGAAAGCAAAAUUUCACAAUUCAAAAGUGGACAUUGAAUGUACUUGAAAGAAAUAAAAGCAGCUGUUUCAACAAAAAUCAUUUAACUACAGAAAUUAAAAAUGCUGGAACUGGUCAUUCACUGAAAUGCAGUGAUUUGUCUGUCAAUGAAAAUGACAGCAUAACAUGGUACAAGGACUGUAAGAACUAUGAAAAUGAAACAGAGCGGGAACUGGAUUUUAAAACCUUAACAGUACAGCACUCUGGGAUAUAUACCUGUAAAAUUUUAAUCAGUCAUGAAGGAAAGAUAUACCACAGCACAAAUACAAUUAAGCUGAUAGUAGAAGAAGAUGCACCAGAGUCUGUAACUUUGGAGAUAGUUGGGCGCGAUGAAGAAAUUGAAACAGAAAUAGGUAAUGAAGAGAUACUCAAUUGCACGGGUUUCUUGGGUUAUUAUAUGCAAGAAGAUGCCAGCCUCUACUGGUUAAUUAAUCAAACGUUUCCAGAAAAAUGCACAGGUAUCCCCGAGAAUGAACCUUCAAUAUGUGAAGAAGAGUUCAAAAGAUUACAGUUGGGAAACAAGUUCUAUGUCACAAGGCUGCUAAGGAUUAAAAGAGUAACAUUCGAGGACAUGCAUCAUAAUUUCACCUGCAUGUUGCAAGCUGAUGAAAGAACACAAAUAAAAACAGUGAAACUGAAGAAACGGAACACCCGAGAUCUACCUGUGCACAUAUUUACAACUGGAAUGGUCCUUGCUGUACUAUUUCCAUGUGUUGCUGUAGCUGUGGUGUUUGUCUGUGUGAUGUUUAGAGUCGACUUAGUUCUAUUUUAUAGGAACAUAUGCAAAAGAGACGAGACUGCUGGAGAUGGAAAAGAGUAUGAUGCCUUUGUGUCUUACCUGAAAGACUGUGUUUCUCCUAUUGAAGAAGAGAGAGAAUUUGCUUUGAAGAUACUACCCAUGAUAUUAGAACAAAAGUUUGGGUACAAGUUAUGUAUAUUUGAGAGGGAUGUAUCCCCUGGAGGAGAAAGCGAGAUGAUUCUUAAAGAAAAUGUCUCAGAAUAUCAACCAAAAUUAAUAAAGAAAAUCAUGCUCACUUCGUUCUGGAUUCUAGCAUUGUUUGUCAGUGGGGCAGAAGUUAGAGAGAUUAAUUUGCCAGGAUGUUCCCAUGUUGAACCUCAAAUAUGGUAUCAUGCAAUUAGUGAUGAGGAGUUUGUUUUACAAUGCACUUUACCAGAUAGAGAUGCUAACCACUCUUAUAACAACUCACUUCUAAAACAACAUAAGGUGAAAUGGUUCUGGCAUCAGAAAGGUAGAGAGUCACUGAAGGCUAUCAAGGAAAGCUCUAAUCCUGCUCUCCAAGGGGAUGCACUUUGGUUUAAACCAGUAAGGGACAACGCUUCCGGAGUGUACAUCUGUAUGAUAUGGGAAAAAAUGCCAUGUCUCAAAAUUGUUUUGGAGGUUCAAACAAAGGUGGCGGCAAAAUGUUCAGGUUAUGACACAAAUGUGCUAUCUCUCACUGCUGGCAAAAGCAAUUCAAUAACUUGUCCUGGGACAAAAUGCUACAGCCAUACAAAAGAGCCAGAUGUAAAAUGGUACAAGAACGGUCAUCAGAUAAAACAUAGGAAGAGCAGACCAAGCCUAAAGCUUAAGCAUAAUGAAAUCUACUUGAAUCCAACCUAUGCCACAGAUGCUGGAAUAUAUGUGUGUGAUUACACUCUAUAUGACAACACUACCAAGUGGACGAUGAGAACAGUAGUAACAGUAGAAGUCAUUGCAAAACCCACUAUCCAUCCACCAAACUUCUUGUAUCCCAAUGGUGUGGUGAUCCUCGAAGCAGAGCUUGGAAAGCCACUUGAAUUGGAAUGCCGUGUACAGUUUGGGUUUGAAAGAGUUUCUCUGAUGAGGGUAACAUGGAAAAGAAACAACAAAGAAAAUAUAAAUGAGAAAUUGAGUCAGGAAACAAGCGUUUAUUCAAAAAGUUUAAAGGGGCACACACUUCUUCAUGUUGCGAAACUGAAAGAAGUUACCGAAAGGGACCUCCGAAGCAACUUCACGUGCUUUGCUGAGAAUUCAGUGGGGAACGCCACGGCUGUGAUCCAGCUGAAAAGAAAGCAGAGAGCGUUUCGCUUAUAUGUACUAUGCAGUGCCAUUUCUACUCUAUUUGCAUUACUUUUGUGCACUGCCUUUAUUUACCAGCACUGGAUUGAAAUAGUGCUGAUGUACCGAAGUUAUCUGGUCCACAACGAAACUACAGGAGAUGGCAAAGAAUUUGAUGCAUUUGUGUCCUAUGCAAAACUAGACUCUUCUGAAAGUGACUCUACUUUAAUUAGUGAGGAAAAAUUUGCCCUGGAGCUUCUUCCAGACAUGCUGGAGAAGAAAUAUGGAUACAAGUUAUGCAUUCUUGAAAGAGAUAUUCUUCCAGGAGGAGCAUACACAGAUGAAGUUGUUACAGCUAUUAAACAAAGCAGACGAGCAAUAAUUAUUUUGAGCCCAGCCUACAUCAGUGGACCAAGCAUCUUUGAACUGCAGGCAGCAGUGAACUGUGCAUUGGAAGACAAAAAGAUGAAACUGGUAUUAAUAAAGUUCCAGGCUUUUCAAGAGCCAGAGACUUUGCCUCCAGUUGUGAAGAAAGCUCUUCGGAUUUUACCAGUCGUUACCUGGAAGUCUUCUAUAUCUGCUGCUCCAAACAAGAAGUUCUGGAAAUAUAUGCAUUACCACAUGCCAGCAAAAACUACUAAGAUGUUGGGAAAUUGCAGCCUAAAGGGCUUUUUCCAAAGAUUAUUCAACCUGGUGUAUCGAUAGGAUAUCACAGAGGGAUGGCAGCAAGCUCAGGAAUGGUGACAUGUUUGUAAAAGUCAGCAAUAGCUCACUCCAAAAGAGUGAGAAGGACUGCAGUGUGACAGUGCUGCAGCCCCAAAGUAAAAACUAAGUGGCACUGCACACAACUGUAAAUGUGAGCUAUCUUUCAUAAAUUAUUAUUUUAUUAUUAUUUUUAUUAUUAUUAUAUUUGCUAUAUUCUUUUGCUGUGAUGUUGAGACAUACAUGUGAAUGUUUUGUUCUUUGCACUGUAUUUCUUCCAGAAUAUUUUUAUACUUGUUUUCUAGAAAAAGAUUAAAAAAGGGCACUCCAGAGGAAGUUUUCCUGUGCAGUCCAGUGGGACAAAUCCAAACUCUUUAAACGAGUUACCUCCUCCUGCAGGAGCACCAAGGAAGUACCAUGGGAGACUGCUACAACUGGGUACGCCGAAGGGGUCGAGAAAAGAACAAGCACUGUGUCAGGGCGGAUCCCAGACGUCUCCAUUCUUCCUGCAGUGGGAGAAAGCAUUCCUACCAGUUGUGAAACAUUUCACACUCGGAGACAUCUGCAAAUUGGUGAUCCUGUCUGGUGCUGGUCACUCAUGGGUCCUACUGAACCUGUUGGUAUUAUGGAUGUGUUGCAGUUGUAAAUCAAAGUCCUGGUUGUCACAGCUAGUAGAUUUCCAGGGACUCUGAAGUCUUUGCCUUGCAGUCCUCUGCCUGCUAACUCUCAAGGGUUCAUGUCACUUAUUCUCAAGGCAUCUUGCAGUCCGUGUGUGUAUGGCUGUAGCUAAGUGAAAUGCAAUGGUUAGUGUUAAGAAAAACCGGGUAGGUGAGCCACUGAUCUGGUGUUCUGCUGACUUCAUUUGGCCUUCAAGUUAACAAAUUCUUGUUUUAUAAUGCUAAUUGUAUAGCUCAUCUGCCAGAUUCCUUGUUGGAAAGGAACUUCAAGAAAUACUGCUGUUAAUAGAACCAGUAUACUGAAAAAGAACAACUCUUUUGCAAGCAGGCUGAGCAUUAUCUACAUUUUGUAUUGGGUUCAAAGUCUUCAGUGGGAGGACUGGUGGUGGUGCUGUGGGGCAGAAGCAGAAGAUAGUGCUUCGGGUAGAAACAGAACAUCAAAUGGCAUCACUGGCUGUCCCACAGUAAAAUUUGACACUGCGGUUGCACCUGCAUUGGGGAUUUAAUUCAGACCAUGAUAAGAUUUUUGAAGCAAAUUUCCCAGUUGUCACCACUAGUUGCCUUUUGCUUUGCACUACAGAGCAUCACAGGUGCACACACUUGAUCUCUUUCCACAGAAAGUCAAGCAGAAGAUAUUCUCCACCCAUGAAGGGACAUUGAGUCUGUGGGACCAGCUGGCCUGAAGGAAUCCCCUCCCAAACACAUGCAGUGUGGAUGUGGGGUUCUCAGCACUAGUUAUUUUGGGGUACAUCUCUGUUCUCACUAAUCUGCACUGUUUUCCAUCGCAACCAAAUCAGUGGGCAAUUUGAAUGAUUUGUCAGUAAAUUAAAUUUACUCACUUCUAAUGUAUGUAAUACAAACUUUAGCAGCUUCUAACCAACACUACCAUGUUUGCACACUUUGUUAUCCUAACACUAAACACGGUACUUUUUGUGGAGGAGAGAAGAGGCUGACGUUUUAAAAAAUGUUCCAUGAGGGUGAGUGUCGUGUUGGAGGAGAAUUAUGUGG